AUGCAAACAGCCAUUGAACAUCAACAACAACGUCUACCACCAUCAUCCACAAAACAAGUAUCCCCGCCACCAUCAGCUACUGCAUCAUCGCCACAACAACAUCAGCCGCCUCAAUCGCAGCAGCCAAGACAUGUACCACAACGUCAAGAUGAACAACAUCGUCACUCACCCAAAUCUUCAACUCGUUCUCACCCAUUACCAUCAUUUUCUUCUUCGUCAUCCACAGCAUUACCAUCAUUCUCCAAGGACUCAAAUAUUGCAUCAUCCAAUCCCAUCCAUCAUCAUCCACCACAACAACAUCAAACAUCCACUACCAAUCACGUGGCUUCACCUUCACCACCAAUAACGUCAUCUAUGCCUCCUGUCGAUCAUUCAUAUCAAGUACACUAUCCCGGGCGUUUCAUAGCACAGGAAAGACCACCAACACACCCUUCAUCACCUGCCAAACCCCUUGUCAAGUAG